GUGACUCUAAAAUGUUAUAAAUUAGAGGACUUAUUUAUUUAGAAAUUUUAAAGGGUUAUUAUAAUGAAAAUGGAAAAGUUAGUUUGCUUGGUGAUGAUUUUGGGCUGUGUGUUUGCGGCGAGGAUAUAUGUGGGAGGAGAUGAUUUUAGAUUGGAUGCGUAUACUGAGAGAGAUGCACCGUUUGAUAUUUAUUUUAAUACUAAUGCCCCUGAUUGUUGUGGUGGAGGGUCUUUAAAUAGUUAUGUCCAUAUUUGUGCUAAAGCUGAUGAACACUUUGAAAUUCAUGAAGGAGCAAAAGCUUUCAAGUACGAAACCCGCUGCCACCUGUGGGACUGUGCCAUUCGCAGAAGCUUCCGUAACUCCACCAUCUCCCUCUCUGGUCCUAACAACGACCCUAUCUUCAACGAUGACGGAGAUAUCAUAUCCUCUCUCCAAACAGACACCUCCUCCCCCUCUCAAAAAACCUCAAAUCUUUCCUACACAUCAGUCUACAGUCUAAAUUCCCAAAGUUUCCAGGAUAGCAAUUUCCCCUCUGAUUCUAAACUUGAAGACAAGUAUUAUGUAUGUUACAUUACAAAUAACUACAGUCAAAAGAAUCUGACUGAGUACAGAUCGGCUAACGUCACAGUCCAACAAGAGGAUCUUUCUGUCAAAAAUUUACUUUCUCAAGAAUAAAUAGGAAAAUUUUACUAAUUUCAAUCG